AUGUCACUUGAAACUAGGAAAAGUUCUACAAGUGUCAUAGUCAUUCGAGCAAAGGGCACAAUUCUUCAUUUCACUAUUAGAGAGUUUGCUUUGGUGACUGGUUUGAAUUGUGCUGCAAAUAAGGAUGAAUUUGUGUUUGACGAGGAGUGCCCAAAUAAAAUUAUUGAUCAAUAUUUUGAUGGUGAGAGUUUUGUACAGAAAAAAGGUUUAUUUGCGAUUGUUUCUGACAAAAUUUGGGGGAAUGAUAACAAUGAAGAUGCUUUAAUAUUUGCCAAUUUAUAUUUUAUUCACGCAUUCUUACCAAAUGAUAACAAUGAAGAUGCUUUAAUAUUUGCCGAUUUAUAUUUUAUUCACGCAUUCUUACUAUCGUCAGUUGAUACCGUAGUUAUUCCACACCUCCACUUUAAUUUGGUUGAGAGUGAUCGCUACAGUGAUUAUCUGUGGGGAUCGAUUGCAUUUGAAGAAUUAGCUAGAAGCUUGCAUUCAAAGUUGAAGCCGAAAGGAAAGUUCUAUAUGCUUCUUGGAAUGCCACUGGCCAUUCAAAUUUGGUUGUACGAGUGUUGUUCAAACGUGCCUCGUAAUGUUGCUUUCAAGGUGGAUUCUCAAAUCCCAUGUAUUUUGAAUUGGAAGACAAAUUCUCCUCAUCCAAGAUAUGAAACUCUUAUGGGAAGUAUGUUUGAUGAUACAAAUGACAAGUUAACCACAAAGAAAAAAUUUCAUGGCGAUUCAUCAGCUUCACCUGCAAAGAAAAAAUUGAAGCCACAUCCUAAAGGUGUAGAUGAGCAGAUAGCAAAACGGACCCCUCCACCCUGUUCUGCAAAGAUUCCUUUUGCGAGGACUCCAAUUCACAAGCCAAUUCAAACAAAAGUUACGCUACAUGGAAAUAGAAAAGACAUAAAUCGGCCUGACAUUAAAAAAUCUAUUUCGGUUCAGUCGCCUACUCCAUCUUCGUUCAGUUCUGAAGAUGAAGACGGUGUUGUCUCGAAGAAAGUCUUUGAUAAGUUUUGUGAAAAGGUAUGGCAAGAGUUUAAUGAUGUAUGUGGCCUAGUGUCUUCCAGGUUUGAUCAGAUGAUGAAUGCAAUUAAUGAAAAUAAGAAACAAGCAAAAGGCAGCGAAUCUGAUCAGCCACCAAUGGAUGAAAAUGUUAAGAGUACAUCACCCCAUCAAGCGACUACAAAGUUUGUUCAUGAGUUUAAUAAGAAUCCUGAAGGCACAUUGGUUGUCGAAGAGAUGGCAGGAUAUCAAAGCAACAGUAUGAAUGAUGUGUAUAUUGAGAUUGAUGGAUAUAAUGAGGAUAAUGACAUUGUUCUGGAAAAAACUGAUAUAGAUGUGCAUGAAGCAAGAGAUAACACAAAAACGGUUGACGAAAGUAUUGGUGAAGUACAAAUAUCAGAAUCUCAGUUCACAUUUUCAGAUGACGUCCUUAGAAGCAUUGAUCUUGACUCCAUAACAAAAGCCAAUGUUGAAGUUGAAGAUGAGUUCAAGAUCUUUAUAAAAUUUAUACAAAACAAAGAAGGUGCGAUCGAGAUGAAUGUAAAUACACCAGCGGAACAUGAGUCAGAGGUUAAUGAUGUGGAUAAUUCAAAGUUAGAUCAGCAACAUAAGAGUGCAGUCCACAUUCCUGCGGGAGUAAAUGAUGAAAGCAAUGCUGAUCAAGAUUUGUCUGACUCUCAGAUCACUCUUUCGGAUGAGCUUCUUCCUAGUCUUAAUGCCUAUGUCAAUCUUGAAUGA